UGAACUGCGGCUGCGUUUAUAAAUAUCGCGAUCGCUUCAGGAUAAUUCCGGCUAUAAAACCGAGAGGAGGCGGCAGAGACCGUCUGAUCCCGACGCCUUUGCUCGCCUGAUGACGGACCACUACAAGCGCCGGCGUGAACAGGAAGGUAUGCUGGAGGAGGACCGCCUCACUACCCUCCACGACGACCUCCUCAUCUCCAUCCUCUCCUUCCUCUCCAUCAAGCAGCGCGUCGCCCUCUCCGCCGUCUGCGCCCGCUUCCGCCUCCUCCUCCCCUCCGUCCCCCGACUCGACACCUUCCGCCUCGACGUCGGCCGCCGGAACCAAGAGCUCACCUUCCCCCGUGCCCUGAUUCGCCAAUGCCGCAUCGUCUUUCGGGACGUCGACGAUUUACCCAACCCCCUCGAGCAGCUGCUCGUCGACGACCUCGUCGAAGCGGGCGUGCAAGACCUCACCCUCGAAACCUCCGGCAAGGGAUGGCUGUACGUCGGAUGCAGGGAAAACGGCGGCUUCUUCAGCAUCAAGUCACUGAGGAGUCUCUUCUUGGACAGCAUCCAGGUGUCGAAAUACGCCGAUCGCCGUCCCCUCUCGCCCUUGGGCUGCGCCUUCCUCACCUCCCUUAAAAUGAAAUUCAGCGUCAUUAGCGACGAUUUCCUGCGCAACCUCUUCGCCUCCUGCCCCUUCCUCGAGACUCUGCAACUCAUCCGUUGCUAUGCGCUCGAGCACGGCAUGAACAAGCUAAGCUUCCACUCCUCCUCCAUCAAGCACUUAAUCAUAUUCGAGAUCCAAACGCUUUCCUCCACCAUCACAAUCGAUGUUUGCGCCCCGCAGCUCGAGUCGCUCAUAGUCCCCGUCGUCGCCACGCUGCUCAUAGAAGCCCCCAAGGUCCGGAAUGCGUCGUUCCUUCUUUCCCUCGAGCCGCCGGCGGAUCCUGCAGCUGCAUUGAUGAAGCUUUUCAGAGCUUCUUUUCGAAGGCGAGCCUCUUGGCUCUCGCUGAAUUCUAGCAAAAUCCCAAACAUAUUAGCAGCAGGGGACGGGAUCUAUCAAGUUAUUUCUCCGAAAUACAGAGAGUACGCCAUGAUCUUCAAGCUCGACUUCAAUUUCAAAGAUCAGUCGUCGACCACGAUAUUGACUGAGCUGCUGAAGAAGUGCAAUGAAUGCAAUACCGAGUUCGAUAUACAUGUAGAUCCUACGCGUAUGCAGAGCAGCACUGAAACAGCAAAGGGCGACCAACACUUGCUCCAUGGCUCGAUAGGAUUGGACCUGAUAAACUUACAAAUGAUGAUGCCGAAGAGGAGAUUCGAAAGGUUUCUCUCAGAUCAGAAGAAGAUGAAGAAAUUCAAGGAUACCGGAUUGGAAAUGCUGAGAAGGCGCACCAGCAAAGAGCAGUUCAUGGAUAUAUUAGCAUCCCAGGAUUCUCUGUUCAAAGUUUCUUCCAAUAUUGAUAACUGUAUUGAAAUGAAAAUUUAGUGUUUUUUUCUUAAUUAAUUUUUAGAAGAGUUAAUUUAGUCGCACCGGCAGAGUGCUAUAUUAGCAUUCCAAGUAUCUCCCAGAGUGGCACUAACUGCAUUGAAAUGAUAUUUUAGUGUUUCUUUU